AUGAACCCGAAUGCGACCAUCGGUACCAACGACACUAACAACAACAACAAUAUGAAUACUGGGUUGAAUCGCACGGCAAACGACCUUCUACAAGCGAUCAGCGGAGGCGGCGUUCCUGCACUCGAGGUUGUCGCUGCGUCUGGCAACGCGUUUCCACCACUGAAGGUGGCUGUUGUUGAGGCAUUAGCCAUCAUCGGAAUUGUCAAGAAAUUCAAUACCAACAAGAAAGAUUGGGCUUCUUUCUCUGAGAGUCUUGCUGAGAAGAUUGAUAAGAUUGUUCAGGCUGCUUGUCAAUACAAUGAAAGUCAGGUCCUGUCAACUUUGCAAUCCAAUUUUGAGAAUUUGAAAGGCUUUUUGGACCAUUUGAAAGAAGAUGUGAUGAAGAUCCAACAACAGAACAGAUUUCCCAAUUUUCAGAAUGAUCAAAAACGUAUCGCAAAAUUACAGGUUGAACUAAAUGCACUUGCCCAUUUCAUUGUUGAGAAAAGUUCACAGGAAGAAAAUAACAAGGGGGAUACUUGGGAAGAUUCUAUAAUGACUGAGCCCAACAAAGAUGAUAUGUUCAUGGGGAGAAGAAAUGUUGGUGAGAGGCCAACAACUGCAGGAGGUGUACCUCAGGUAAAUGUGCUUACCCAGGCACAUGAUUUACAAAUCAAUGAUAGUGUUUUCUAUUCUGCAAAUACUAUCAAUCUCAAUAACAGAGACCUUGAAGCCAAGAUAGAGGACAUAGUAGAACAGUCAAAUGUAAAAAUGUGGCUCAAAGAGCUCAAUGCUCCAUCACAUGGCAAAGUAAGAGAGAGAUGCAUGCCUGGAACCCAGAAGGAUGUGCUCACUUGCAUCAAAACAUGGCUUUAUGAUCUGAAUGAGCCUAAUAUUUUCUGGCUUUCUGGCUGUCCUGGCUCUGGAAAGACAACAAUUGCUUCGACUGUGGUUGCUGAUUUUCACUGUUUCUCUGGGCAAUUCUUCUUCUGUCGUGAUGAGGCUGAGCUUCGGGAUCCAGACAACUUAUGGAGACGUAUUGCUUUGGACCUUUCUCUAUGGUCCAAAGAUCUCAGAAAGUCUAUUGCUCAGGCAUUGGAGACUCAGAAAGCUACUAUCAGAGGUCUUGAUAUUUCUAUGCAAUAUGAGCAUCUUAUUGCCAAGCCUUUACAGCAGUUUUUUGGGACCUCUGAAAAGCCUCUUCUUAUUGUUGUUGAUGCCCUGGAUGAGUGUGAUUUGUAUGAGAAACUCUUGCCGUCAUUGGUAUCUUGGUCUCACCUCUCUAAAUCUUUGAAACUCCUCAUUACAAGCCGCCAUUAUCAUAAGAUUCAGAGUAGACUGGGAUCUGUCAGUUUUCAUCAUAAUCUGAAUACUGGACAUGAAGUCUCUCCUCAGACUUCUGAUGACCUUGAAAAAUACUUUGUUGCAAGAUUUUCUGAGGCUACUGGGUUGCUUCCAAAGUGGCUUGGUCCAGCCAAAGUAUCUUUUCUUGUGAGGAAAGCUGCUGGGCUAUUUGUCUGGGCGAAAUCUGCAAUAGAUUUUAUCUUGUAUAAUGGAGGUGAUCCUGAAGAGAGCCUGUAUCAUCAGGUCAUUUCUGUUGCUUUGCAAGGUCUCAGAAAACCUGAGAAAACAGCCUUAAAGCUAGUUCUGGGCUCAAUAAUCAUUGCAAAGAAUCCACUUCGCAUCAAAGAUCUAACAGAGCUUCUGGAAGUGAAAGAUGCAUUGCUGAAUUCAAUAAUUGGUCAACUCAGCCCAAUUUUAUCUAUCAGUAAUACAAGUUAUUUGCAUAUUUGCCAUGAGUCAGUGGCAGAUUUCCUCCUUGAUUCUGAGCGGUCUCAAGACUUGUGGGUUGAUCCUCAGUUUUAUAGUCUUUGCUUUGCUGGGUCUUGCUUGAAAUUUAUGAAUGCAAAACUAAAGUUCAAUUUCUUUGAUCUAAAAACAUCCCAUAUUGUAAACAAAGACAUACCAGAGCUGAGUGGCCAUAUUAAGAAUAUAAAAUCUACAGCCUUAGAUCAUGCUAGCUACUUCUGGGCUAGCUAUUUGCAGCAGGAUUGUGAUAAAAUGUUACAGCUGGAAGUACAGGCUGCUGUUGAGAAAUUUUUGAUGGUUCAUCUUCUACACUGGCUUGAGAUUACAAGUAUGAUGGGGACAGUAGAGCAUGCUGCUCAACUGCUACUUUCAGCUGCAAGUUGGAGCCAAGCCUUAAAACCCAGCUUAUCAGACUUUGCAAAAGAUGCAAAUAGAUUUGUAAUGGAAUUUCUGGAACCAAUAACUCUUGCAGCACCACACAUAUAUUUGUCAGCACUGCCAUUUGCUCCACGAAAUUCAAACAUUUCUUUGCAUUUUUUCAAACUAUUUCAAAAGACAAUGACUGUGAUGAUGGGCCAAAUGGAACAUUGGUCAGAGAGAUGUUUUCUUAGAAUUGCAGACCAUGAUGGUGCAGUCAAAUCAGUUGCAUUUUCUCCUGAUGGCAGGCACAUCGUCUCUGGAUCAGAUGACAAGACAGUCAGAGUGUGGGAUGCUCAGACAGGUCAGACCGUCAUGCAUCCACUCAAAGGCCAUGAGGAUCAUGUUACUUCAGUUGCAUUUUCUCCUGAUGGCAGGCACAUUAUCUCUGGAUCUGAUGAUAAGACAGUUAGAGUGUGGGAUGCUCAGACAGGUCAGGAGGUCAUGGAUCCUCUGAAAGGCCAUGAGUUUUGGGUUAAAUCAGUUGCAUUUUCUCCUGAUGGCAGACACAUUGUCUCUGGAUCUUGUGACAAGACAGUCAGAUUGUGGGAUGCUCAAACAGGCCAGAGUGUCAUGCAUCCUCUCAAAGGCCAUCAUGCUUGGGUCACUUCAGUUACAUUUUCUCCUGAUGGAAGGUACAUUGUCUCUGGAUCUUGUGACAAGACAGUCAGAGUGUGGGAUGCUCAAACAGGUCAGAGUGUCAUGCAUCCUCUCAAAGGCCAUCAUGGUUGGGUUGCUUCAGUUGCAUUUUCCCCUGAUAGCAGGCACAUCGUCUCUGGAUCUUGUGAUAACACAGUCAGAGUGUGGGAUGCUCAGACAGGUCAGAAUGUCAUGGAUUCCUUCACACUCUCCACUUUUGCUACUUCAAGCAACCCCAUUGUAUUGCCGAUUACUCCUCUACAUUCAGAGGAUGGGAACAUUAUCAUGUCUGACUUCCUCCAAACCUUUUUUUGUGAUUCCUACAAUGCACCAUUGUUAAAAUUCUGCCACUGGCACGAAAAUUGGAUUAUGCUGCCAAAUAAUAUUUAUCUCCUAUGGGUGCCAGACCACAAUAAAUCUGGUUUGUUUUGGCCAAGAACAACUCAUGUGAUUGGCAACAAUCCAACUAUACUUGACUUCAGGAACUUUGUUCAUGGUGUGAACUGGAGUCAAUGUUUUUCACUAUUACAUGAUUCCAUUUAG